AAGAGGUUGAUGACCAGAACCAGAAGAGCUUUUGCAACUGCUUCUGGUUGUUCUUCUUGAGAUACUACACAGGAUCUGCUUCUCCUUUUCUUCUUCAGAAAAUGCGUAGCGCUGCUAAAUCCAGGAGCUCUCUUGUUUUUCUGUGGAACCAUUAUUAUCAGGUAAGGGUUUCAACCCAUGCUCAAAAUCACCAGUAUUGUAGUUUUAGUACUAGCUCUACCACUGGUUCUGGAGAGAAUGUAGAAAGCCCCACUGGGUUCUUAAACUCUGCGAGAGAUCAAUGCAGAUCUGGAAGCUUAAGGAAUCUUGAUGAUGCCUUAGGCUUCUUUGAUCGAAUGCUUCACAUGCACCCUUUGCCUUCCGUUGUGGAUUUCACCCAAUUGCUGAGCGCGAUUGCAAGAAUGAAGCAUUACUCGACCGUGAUUACUCUGAUUAAAGAAAUGGAACUGUUUGGAAUUCUUCCCGAUGAUUAUACUCUUGGCGUUUUGAUUAAUUGCUUCUGCCAUAUGAACCGGGUGGAUUUUGGGUUCUCUGUCUUUGCAAGAAUUUUGAAACUUGGUUAUCAACCCAACUGUACAAUUGUAAAUACUCUUGUCAAUGGGCUCUGUCUUCAGGGUAAAAUCAAUCAAGCUGUGAGUUUGGUUGAUGAAAUGAACAAGAAAGGGUAUAGAACUGAUAUGGUUACCCAUGGAACGAUAAUCAAUGGUUUUUUGAAAAUAGGUGAGACCAAUACGGCUAUUGAGUUGCUUAAGAAGAUGGAAGAAGAAAAUUUUAAACUUAAUGUCGUGCUGUAUAAGACAAUCAUUGACGGUUUAUUGAAGGACAAAUUAGUGGCUGAAGCUCUGAAACUCUUCUCUAAGAUGACAAGUAAAGGCAUUAAGCCAGAUAUUUUAACUUACAAUUCCUUAAUCCUGGGCCUAUGCAACCUCCACCGUUGGAAGGAGGUGACUACACUAUUGAAUGAGAUGGAGCAUAUGAAGAUAAUGCCAAAUGUGAAAACCUUCAACAUAUUGAUGGACGCAUUUUGCAAAGAGGGGAUGCUGACAGAAGCAACUGAAGUUUUUGAUGUGAUGAUGGUUGGGAAUGGUUGUUCACCUUCUGUUGUUAACUAUAACACAUUGAUCAAUGGAUAUUGUAAAAAUAGAAGAAUUGAUGAGGCAAUGAGUCUCUUUCAUGAAUUGUCUAACAAGGGAAUGAAUCCUGAUGUUGUCACUUACACCACUCUAAUGGGUGGGUUGUUUCGAGUUGGAAGACCUCAGGCUGCGCAAGAGCUACUGCUUAAAAUGCAAGCUUGUGGUGAACAUCCAGAUCUCCAAACUUAUAUUGUUCUAUUAAAUGGUCUGCUUAAGAACAAAAAAUUUUCUGAAGCAAUGGCAUUGUUUCAAGAGAUGGAAGACAAAAAUUUGCGCCUUAAUAUUGUGGUAUACACCAUCUUGAUCCAUGGUAUGUGUACUGCUGGGAAACUUAUGACUGCAAGAGAACUCUUUUAUAGUCUUCCUAACAAAGGUUUCCAACCUGAUGUUUGGACUUACAAUGCAAUGAUCAAAGGGCUUUGCAUAGAGGGGCUAAUAAAUGAAGCCAGUGAUCUGCUCAAGCAAAUGAUCGAGACAGGUUGCUCACCUAACAAUUUUACAUAUAACACAAUCAUCCAAGGGCUACUGCAACAUAAUGAGACGUCAAAGGCAAUGGAACUUCUUCAGAUAAUGGUUAAAAAUGGCUUCUCAGCAGAUGCGACCACCGCAGCCAUGUUAGUUAACCUUUCUUCUGCAAAUCCAACUGAUAAAACACUUCAAAGAGUUGCUUCAAAAGCUUCAGUGAAGGAUUUUUCGAAUUUUAACAUAAAGAACAUAUUUUAACCCUUCACUAGUUUUAACAUCAGGCGUAUGUAUACUUGCUGGAAAUCAUCAUUUUACUUUUACGAGGUGACAUUUUUUUCCAUAUCAUUGGACCCUUUUUUUGUUUGCUUCAAUUACAUUAUGUACUUUGUUUUCGUUUUCAUCUUUUUAUGACACUGUUUUGGAAACGUGACCAAU